GCAGAAAACUUAUCCAGAUCGACCCGGCUCGGCCUGAACCGUCAAACUCACUUGUUGAGUCUACGCAACAGUACUAUACUGAGAGAAGAACUUGCGGAACUUGACGCGCGUUUGGAUGCGUAUGCUGACUUAUGUCCAACUUUAGUAUAAAUGCAUUUGACUUUCACUAGUUAAUACGCGUUUAUUGAACGGACGGAUCCAGUUUAUAAGAGCUUCUGACAAUUUGCCAAUGACAGAAAGAACACAAACGAACGGACGGACUUUGUAAAAACAAAUUGUCUUGUUCAAUUUCAGGUGAUCGGAAGUAAAAGAAAAAAAAACCUGUGGAUUAAACAAAGGAGGAGUUUGGACUUUUUGAACUUUCGUGUUGUGCGUUUCGGUGAGUGUAUGAACGCUUGUUAAAAAAAUACAAACAAACAAACAAACAAAAAAAAAAAAUAGAUAAAAAAUAACGAUGGAAGUAAGUCCGGAGCAGUCCCGUUGGAUGACCCACCAUCACCCGGUCAUUAACGGCCAGCAUCCCGAGACACACCACCCAGGACUGGGACACUCCUACAUGGACCCGUCGCAGUAUCCCCUCGAGCAAGAUAUGGAUGUAUUUCUUAAUAUCGACGCACAGAGCAACCACCCGUACUACGGGAACUCGGUCCGGGCUGUGCAGAGGUACCCGCCACCUCACGGUACUCAGGUGUGUCGCCCAUCAUUGCUGCACGGCUCUCUUCCUUGGCUCGAUGGAAGUAAAUCUAUCGGCUCUCACCACGGUUGGAACCUCGGGCCUUUCCCCAAGACUUCCCUGCAUCACAAUUCCCCUGGGCCUCUGUCCGUCUACCCCCCAGCCUCCUCCUCCUCGCUGUCCGCUGGCCACUCCAGCCCACACCUCUUCACCUUUCCCCCCACUCCACCCAAAGAUGUGUCCCCUGACCCCGCAAUUUCCACGUCAGGCUCUGGCUCAUCCAUACGGCAGGAGGACAAAGAGUGCAUUAAGUACCAGGUGUCUCUGGCCGAAAGCAUGAAGCUGGAUUCGGCUCAUAGUCGGAGCAUAGCCUCUAUCGGACCGGGCGCGUCCUCCGCGCACCACCCCAUCGCCACUUACCCAUCUUAUGUGUCCGAUUACGGGCCGGGGCUCUUCCCACCAAGUAGCCUGAUAGGUGGGUCCCCUUCUAGUUAUGGUUCCAAAACGAGACCAAAAACAAGGUCCUGUUCAGAGGGUAGAGAAUGUGUUAACUGCGGGGCCACCUCGACUCCUCUGUGGCGGAGGGAUGGCACCGGUCACUAUUUGUGUAACGCCUGCGGACUGUACCACAAGAUGAACGGACAGAACCGACCCCUCAUCAAGCCCAAGCGGAGGCUGUCCGCUGCCAGACGAGCGGGGACCUCAUGCGCAAACUGUCAAACGACCACGACGACACUGUGGCGGAGAAAUGCGAACGGUGAUCCCGUCUGCAAUGCCUGCGGCCUCUAUUACAAAUUACACAAUAUCAACCGACCACUCACCAUGAAGAAAGAGGGCAUCCAGACCCGGAACAGGAAGAUGUCCAGCAAGUCCAAGAAGAGCAAAAAGUCCCAUGACAGCAUGGAUGAUUUCUCCAAAAGCUUGAUGGAAAAGAACAGUUCUUUCAGCCCGGCCGCUCUGUCGCGUCACAUGACCUCGUUCCCUCCCUUCUCGCACUCCGGCCACAUGUUGACCACGCCCACUCCCAUGCACCCCUCCUCCGGCUUGCCCUUCGCCCCUCACCAUCCUUCCAGUAUGGUGACGGCGAUGGGCUAGAGCUCCCUUCUACCUCCGACCGCCCAAUCUCUCGACGGUGGACGUCUCAAAGCACCGUUAACCUUGAAGCCUGUCACCCGCCGCAACCAACCCACCUACAA